AUGAAUGAUCACAUUAUCAUCACGCUUACUUCUUUGAAAACGCAUUUUCGUAUCUUUUGUUUGCUAUUCUCCAGCCGGAGUUACUUUUUCAGCAUCUUGAAGCAGCGAUCAACACAACGACUCAGAGGUACCCAUCCUGGUCAAACCUUUUAUGCACCUGGCGCUUGCGCUGACGAUUUCGAGCACCUGAACCUGGAGCGCCUGUCCCUGAAGCUUUUGAUCAUCGCGGCCUGCUUUGCAGUGUUGUAUCUCUUGUUUGAAGGAGGGCCCUGUCAUUGGACUCGCUUGGCAGAAGCUUGGUAUUUGAUUUUUGUCCUGAGCACCACCGCUGUGGCCUUCCUCGUGGUGCCGAACAAGAACUUGGACGGUCGGACGCAUGUGGCGUUCUACGUCGCGCGCUUUAUGGCGGUGCUGAUCGUGAUGAAGAUCUACGUGAGCGUCAUCAAUCCCAGGCACAUGAAGCCGUUUUUUGCGCAUGGCGACAAUCGCACCUUCACUCGGACUCGGCCCCACUCAGAUGACAAAUUGGCCCAGCGCGUUUUGCAACAACUUGAAGUGUACAUGACAAAGCUCUCCAUCAAGCGCGAAGUGGGCCUGUUCCAUCGGCAGGUCUUCUCUAUUCUGCUGCUUCCACUGCUCUAUACCCAGAUGGCAGCGAUGAAUUACUUCGAAGUUGCCUGGGUCCUCUUCCAUCCCAUCCGGGUCGCCUGGGUCCUUUUGAUGACCUAUUUGGUCAUCCAAGAAGUGCCUCGCAUCGUCAUCCGGCGCAACACGCUCAACAAGGUGAAGGAACUUCUAACCUAUGUUCUGGAGCAGUGCGAUCACAGCGAGAUGCGCGAGAUCUACAUGCGCGUCAAUCUGGAGUCCAUUUUUCAGGCCACGCGCUACGAAGUGCACGAGCUACUGGUGGAAAGCGCUUUGGGUAAAGGCUUGUUGGACGUUUGGAGCAAAGCCAUGCUGUUGAACGGCAUGCAAAAGUAUGGCGUCAACGGCCGGCGGAAUGAAUACGUGCGAGAUUUGAUUUUGAGCUGCAAAAAUACCGAGCUCACUGAGCUCAAGAGCAUCUUAGACAGCACCGGGGAUUACAACUGCCUAUUCAAGUUAAUCUACAACGACCUCCGUUCCACGGCCAUCCGUGACGAGGUGCUGUACCACAUUGCCAAGGAGGCGGCGGCUGCCAGGUCGGUGCAACGUGGAGCCGUGGGGCUGAAGGUGGUGAGUGACAUCGACGAUACCUUGCUUUGUAGCGGGGCCGCUUUUCCUGCAGGUGCGGGGAACGGCAUGCCGAUCCCACGACACAUGAUCUACCCCGGUGCCCUUCAGCUCUUCAAAGAGCUUGACAGGAGCUGGACUCCAGAGGAUCCCUGCUGCAACUUAGCCUUCCUCUCGGCCCGGCCACACAUCUACAAGGAUGUGUCGGAAAGCAAGGCCCGAGGAUUCGUCCGCCGGGACUGGGACGCGGAUGGGGAUGCCAAAGAAAUCCUGCGACCUGAAAUGCGGCAAGACGCCUCCAUUGCGUUGGAGGGCCCGGUGGUUCCCACCCUGCUCCCUGGUUCUCUCUCACUGGGCCUUUGGGCUGUGGUGAAGGCUCUGUUCAUCGCGGCGCACGGCUGGCGUGAAGUGGGAGAGCGCAAAGCCAAGAUGUUUGAGCAAUACAAGGCGUUGUACGGUGAGUACGACUUCAUCUUCUUUGGAGACAACGGCCAGGGUGAUCUCUUGGCUGGUCAGUUGCUUGUAGCAGAGGACCUGCGCGCCCGAGAGAUCGCAGAUCAGGACGAAGAGAGUUCUGACAACAGUGUGUCGACAUCAUCGUGGUGCCCUUGCAGGAGGAAAAGUCCGACUCCAACCUGGCGUUGGCGACCUGGACAAGGUCCCCAGCUGAAGGCCGUGAUGAUUCAUGAGGUGCAGCCAGACAUGGACUCCUUGGGUCUGGAACGGCCAGAACAUCGGCCACCGAAUUGGAGGCAACAGCUCGAGGAACAGGGCAUUUGCAUUUUUUCCAGCUAUCCCGCUGCCGCCUUAAAACUGCAUUACAAAGAUGCAGAGCUGAUUUCAAUCAGACAGCUGAGAGUCAUCACCGAGGCGGCCAUCAUGGAUUUCGACAGCGACCGCAAGUUCAUGGCUGAGUGGGAGGAUUGGAGCCUUAUGGAUGCCAUCCUUUCACAAGAUAUCCAAAGAGUCGGCGUGCUGCUUGACUUUCAGAACGACCCACUGCAGAUUCACUUUAAGGAUACUUCGGAGCUUUUCAAGCAAGACGAGGUAAACAUCCUACGCCAAAAACACAUUUUGCAAGGGAUCUACCGCCGAGCGAAUGCACAUCUCUUCACCUGUGGUGAACAGGAGCUUUCGGAUGGGCCAGACAACUCGGAAGACUCGGAAGCAGAGGCGUCAGACAGCCGCAGCGAGCCGGUGGAGAUGUCGGUGGGACACGUCCGAUCCCGGCGCUGGGACCGAGCCGUCACCACCAUCGGAGGUUGGGAUCUCCAGCCACCCAAAGCCGCCCUGCUGAAGCAUAUCGGGUCUGCUUGGAAAGAGCUUCAGGCCAUGAACCACAACGACGCCCUGUGA